CGUGUCGCGCGGGUGGCGCAGCCGAGGGCCCGCCCCGCCUCCGAGAGCUGCUGCUGAACGCGAGCGGCCCCGGGGUGGUGCCCGUGCCUGCUCCCGCCCGGCCCCUGAGCAGUUGCUGCGGGGCGGGGGUGGGCUAGACGCUGGCCUCAGGGACACCCAGUGGAAAUAACUGCCCUCAGUGCUGACCUCUGGUUUCUUAACAAGGAGAAUGGGUAAAAAAAUAAAGAAGGAAGUGGAGCCUCCUCCCAAGGAUGUGUUUGAUCCUUUAUUGAUUGAAAGCAAAAAAGCAGCAACAGUGGUGCUAAUGCUUAAUUCUCCAGAAGAGGAAGUUUUGGCUAAAGCAUGUGAUGCUAUAUAUAAAUUUGCAUCAAAAGGUGAUGAAAACAAAGUGACACUCCUGAGUCUUGGAGCAGUGGAACCUUUAUUUAAACUAAUCUCCCAUGAAGAUCCAAUUGUUCGCAAAAACGCUACCAUGGUAUUUGGUAUCAUGGCUUCGAAUAGUGAUGUCAAGAAAUUAUUAAGAGAGCUAGAUGUCACAAAUUCACUCAUAGCUCGGUUGGUGCCAGAAGAAGAUGUUAUCAUCCAUGAAUUUGCUAGUCUUUGUCUAGCACAUAUGGCAGUUGAAUAUACCAGUAAAGUACAAAUAUUUGAGCAAGGUGGGUUAGAACCACUUAUCAGACUGCUAAGUAGCCCUGAUCCUGACGUUAAGAAGAACUCAGCUGAAUGCAUCUAUCACUUGGUUCAGGAUUUUCAAAGUCGUGCUGCAGUUCGUGAGCUAAAUGUGAUUCCUCCUUUGCUGGAACUGCUGAAAUCUGAAUAUCCAGUUAUUCAGCUAUUAGCACUCAAAACACUGGGUGUAAUUAGCAAUGAUAAAGAAACCAGGAUAAUACUGAGAGAAAAUCAAGGAUUAGAUCAUCUUUUUAAGAUACUAGAAACUAAGGAAUUUAAUGAUCUACAUGUGGAAGCUCUUGCAGUGGUGGCAAAUUGUCUUGAAGAUGUGGACACUAUGCAACUGAUUCAGCAGACAGGGGGUCUUAAAAAGCUACUUUCAUUUGCAGAAACCUCUACCAUACCUGAUAUUCAGAAGAAUGCAGCCAAAGCAAUUUCUAAAGCGGCCUAUGAUUCUGAAAAUAGAAAAAUUUUACAUGAACAAGAAGUUGAAAAAUGCCUCAUAACCCUUUUGGGAACUGAUAAUGAUGGAGUAAAAACAGCUGUAUCCCAAGCUAUUUCUGCUAUGUGUGAGAAUCUUGCUAGCAAAGAUGCAUUUGGAAUCCAAGGGAUUCCCCAGUUAGUUCAGUUGCUAAGCAGUGACAAUGAAGAGGUAAAAGAAGCUGCAGCCAUGGCUCUGGCUAAUCUGACAACAGCCAACCCUGGCAAUGCAAGUUCUGUUGCUGAAGCUGAAGGAAUUGAGCCAUUAAUAAAUGUCCUGAGUACUAAAAGAGACGGGGCUGUUGCUAACGCUGCGAUAGUACUAACAAAUAUGGCCACACAGGAGCCAUUACGUCUCAGCAUCCAGAGUCACAGCAUUAUGAAUGCAAUUGUAGAACCACUGCAGUCUACCAACAGCCAAGUACAAAGCAAAGCAGUGCUUACUGUGGCUGCUUUUGGUUGUGAUGCUGAUGCAAGAACUGAGUUAAGAAAUGCCGGUGGACUGGAACCGCUUGUUAAGCUGCUGCAUUCUAGAAAUGAAGAAGUCAGAAGAAAUGCCUGUUGGGCUGCUGUGGUUUGUGCAAGUGAUGAACUAACAGCAGUUGAACUAUGCAGGCUAGGUGCAUUAGAUAUCCUGGAAGAAAUUAACCUGUCCAUGGGGCGCAGAAAUCACUUCAGUGAAAGAGCUUUGGACAAGCUACUUGAUAACGACCUUUCACAAAAAUACAGCCAGUUGGGGUAUUUAUCAUUCAGUAACAUCAUUACUGACAGCUUCUAUGAUUAUGGUCAGGUAAAACCUGGAGUGAAACUUUUGUCUUUGGAGGAACUGAGUACACAAGAGCUUAAUGAUCGUCGAGCUGUAAUCUUAGUUAAUAUUAAACCACCAGAAGUUGCCCUUACUGUGGAGGAAAAAUUACAAGAUCUAGUUUAUGGACGACCCAUAAAUUUGUUGCCAUCAUCAACUUUUAGAAAAAGUAGUAAAGAAAGAGCAAGUGCAGUGGUAUCUCCUGUGGACGAAAAACAAGAAUCUUCUGGACGACCUUCUUCACUCAGCAAAGGCAGCACUAGAGAGAAAGGAUCCAGGAAAGGGAAAGGAAAAAAAGAAGAAGAAAAACCAAAAGAAGAAGAAGAAUUCCAAAUUGCACCUAAAAUCCAGGAGGAAGUAACUCUUGAAAAGUUACCGUGGCUACCACCAUUUGACUUCAUUCUACUGGAUUACAUUAAUGAUGCUUCCAAAACAAUUCUACCACUAGCAACUACCAAGGAACAAGUUGUAGCACUUGCACAGUUCGUUGCAGGCAAUAUGGGUGGUCCUAUUGAAAAAGACAAAUUACAUGAAUUCAGCUGGGAACUUCAUAUAAGCGAAAUAAAAUUUGAACAGAAAUGCAAUGUCAUACCUAUCGGAAAAAUCAAGAAAGGAACCUUCUACCACAGGGCUUUACUUUUCAAGGUAAUAGCAGACAGGAUUGGGGUUGGCUGUACUUUAGUUCGUGGAGAGUACACCAGAGCUUGGAAUGAAGUUAAAUUAGUUGACGACUCCCCUCAAGGAAUAACUGGACUUCUGCUUCCUCCUCAAGUAUAUGUCGUAGAUCUAAUGUACCAGCCAGGCUGCUUGAUGAAGCAAGGAAGUGCAGAGGCAGAUCACUAUAAACUAAUUUAAUCCUAGUAUCAGAUCUCUUGAAAAGUAAAACAAUCAUUUUUAAAGAAGUUUUAUUCAUAAAUUUGUAUGAAGCAUAAAAAUUUGUGGGCUCAGCUUUCAAAUGUUGGUGCCUAAGUCCCUGUAAUAGUUAUUUAAAUGUCAAUUUGAUUUCUAAAUGGCCAUUUUCGAUUGUUUUACUUCUGGUUUGUUAUCCUGAAUGUGGAUUUAGGUAUUUCUUUUGGUCACCCAAGUCUGACAGCUUUGAAAUGUUAUUCAUUCAUUCUAUUUCAUGUUGCCUUACAGAAUAAAAUGUAGAGUUCUACACUGUAAAAAUGGUGGAUCAAUUAUACUUAACUGUGUAAUAUCAUUUCUCAUAACAAAUGUAUACGAAGUGUUUAAGAACUAGAGGGUCUAUUAUCUCUCCCUUAGGCUCCCUCAACUUCUACUGACAUUUAUAGGCAUCACAUAUACAUGAGGCAAGGAGAAUAGAAACCUAGGGAAAUAACUAAGCAUGUAUACAUCUGUUCAUAAUACUUUUUGUUAAAUUAAGCAGAGAACUAAAAAUUAUCUAAGUCAUUACAAUGCUCAGUGUUCUUUACAGGUUUUUAGAAAAAAAGCUUUGUUUAACCUGUCCCCAAACUCUGAGAAUAUUAAUGAUGCAAAGUAGAGUUCCUUAAAAAAAAUACCACAAUUCAGUCACAAAUUCCCCCCUUUUUCAGAAUGAAGUAUUUGGUGUCAAUCAUCAUUUUACUCACUGUCACAUGCCCUUUUGCCAGCCAAUUCAUUUUUUUCUCACUUAGACUACUCCAUACCAGUUUGUCCUGGCACAGAGGAGACCAACUGAUGGUUUGAUGCUUGGAAAUCUAUGCUUUCUGCUGAGGUAUGGAAAUCUCAAUUUAAAACCGUCCCUUCUCAUUUGAAGAUAAAGUGGGCCAUGGAUGGAGCACAACUGGGGCAUGUGAGCUAAGAUGUGUGUUUCUCCCUCUCUAGGUCAAUUUGAGUGGUGCCAAUAUGUGACAGUGUAUAGGCAGGCAAAAUGCUGGCCAAAAGUAUAGCCUUACAAAGUUGUAUUGAAGUUAUGUGGUGUAUGUCAGGGUGGGCACACAUAAGGCGAAAUUUGCUUUAAUACAAAGGACCUAUACAAGAUUGGAGGCAGCAGGUUAGUAGGGAUUUUGUAUUAGGGUGAAUUUCAGAAAGCUGGCAAAUAGAAAAAUGAUCUUUACAUACUAGCUAUUAGAAAUGUUGAUUUUACUAUUUGUCACAAUGCCAGAUGGAAAUAAUGAGCAUUUAGUGAGUAACAAAUAAUUAAUAACCUUGUAAAAAAUACAGCCUCUUGGGGAUUCUCUGAGAGUUGGCAGGUGGAUAGCAGAGUGCUUCAACAGGGCUGCCAGUGUGUGGAAUUUGUGAGUUUGAGGAGAUGAGAUAAAAGAGAGAUUUGUAACUAUUGUAUUCACUGCUACCAGUGAAACAAGACACUACCAUUUCCCCCAGCAGCUCCUCUGACAUAUAUUAUGUUUUUCUGAUGGGCCAUUUGGGAAUAUUUUCUCCCCAUUAAUUGUAAAUUCACUGAAUUCAUGGACAGGUGUUAGCAUUAUACUUUUGGCAACACCAUGGCUCUUGAAACAAAUUGCACAAAACAUCUGAUGGCAGAAUUGGGCUGUAGGCUGAGGAUGGUAGGAAUUGAUGAAGGAUGACACGACUUGGUACUAUCUGUAAUAAGAUAAAGAAAACCUGAAACUUCAGAAGGGCAGCGAAUGGAAAAAAAGUAUUAAUUCCUUUCCUACUAUCUACCAGUAAGGGUAUUUUUGUAAGUUAAAAUUCUGUUUUUCUGGAGCGGAACUGUAAUGUGUGACUUACUCUUUUCUUUAAAGAGUACUUGAAACAAAUGCAGUUUCAGUUGUUUCCAUGAAGAGUCAAAGCAACCAGAGAUAAAAGUCAAGCAAUUCACAAUAAAGAACAGAAAAACUCCUGUUCUAGACACAUAGCAAACGCAUAUGACAAGUAGACACUCGGAAAAACAAACAAUGGAAAAGAAACAACUUUGUACCAUGUAAUUUUUGACAACAUUUCUGUAAAAAUGUCAUGUGUUUACACUCUAGCUGGGAAUAAUUUUAUAUCUUUUCUGUCACAUUUUUAGCUUUAUAUUAGUUGAAUCCCAUUUCUUCAAAACUAUAACACACAAGGAAAAUGUGUUUGCUAAGCAAAAACUGGCAACAAAUCCACAUAUAUAAGUGUAAUAUCAGUCCAACAUCAUCAGGGUACAGAAAGCUGCAUAUAAGCAUUCAGCAUUUCAGCUUUUCCUUAGGAUUUCACUAAAUGUAACUCAGCAAGUAUUUGAAAAAUAAAUCAUUGCUUUCUAUUGAA